AUGCGAUUAUCUCAGAUUACUAAAGUUUGCGUUUCAUUCGUAAAGAACAGUCAAAAGACUGGCUUUGGACCAAACAGGCUUCACAGAAAAGGAACUCAUUUCGUUGGAACAGAGCCCCCAGCUCUGAAAUAUCAUUUGCUCCAAGAUAAAAAACCAAGUGAGGAAUAUGGACUUCAAGGAACAAACCACGAGCUUCCAGGAACCGGAAAAGUACAUAGCAAGCUACCAACAAAGGUACAUAUGAAAAAAGACAAAGUUUAUGCAUGGUGUAGUUGCGGUUAUAGUGGUUCACAACCGUUGUGUGAUGGGUCUCACAACUCCAUUCGAAUUCCUGAUCUCAAACUAAAGCCUGUUCGGUUCAUUCCAGACAAGGAUAUGACGGUGUGGCUAUGUAACUGUAAACAAACAAAAAACCGACCGUUCUGUGAUGGAUCCCACAAACUAGUAGCAGAUGAGGACAAAAAAGCUGGUCUCUUCGAUUAA